AUGACGAUUAUAGAGAAUAUCUCUUAUACACAUUUGGCCAUUGGGCUGAUAGCUUACAAUGUUAUCAAACCUUUGUAUGGGCUUCAUGUAAACCGUAAAAAGGCAAUAGCUACUGGGCUGCCUUAUGUGUAUACAGCGGUUUACGAAUGGAGCAUGGUAUGGCUUCUCGUCAAAGAAAUCGCCUGGCCUGUUCUGAAGGCCCUCAGACUUGGCUGGCUCGUCAAGUACUCGAGACCAUCAUGGAACUUCGAUGCUAAAAAUAAGGUUCACGAGGACUUGGGCGACAUCUUCUGUGUGGUGAGUCCUGGUGGGCUUUCAAUUUUUGUCGGAGAUCCAGAUGUCAUCUGCGAAGUAACGAAGAAGAGAACAAAAUUCCCACGCCCAGUCAAGAGCUUUGUAAAAGUUAUGGGCUACUUCGGACCCAGCAUUCUUUCAAGCGAGCAUGACGAAUGGCGCUUCCACCGGAGAGUAACAAACAAAACUUUCACGGAACCAAAUCAUAAGGUGGUAUGGUUCGAUUCUCUCUAUCAAGCUAGCGCUAUGAGAGAUGAAUGGCUCUCCGGUCUUGAUAACAUUACCUCAAACAAAGAGGGCAUCAUUCACAAGAUGGGCUCGGAUUGUAUGAAGUUGGCCCUUCACGUAGUUACCCUCGCUUCCUUCGGCGUCCAGAUUCCAUGGACGGCGCAGAAAGAUGCCAUCCCCACCGGUUACGAAAUGAGUUUCCGCGAAGCAUCCGAGUUCUUCCUUGAACAUAUCGCAAUUAUGGCCUACUGCCCCAAAUGGCUUUACAAAUAUGGCCCCAAACUAGCCCAAACGGCUGGUGUCGCUGCCAAGAAUAUGCGAAGACACAUGAUGGAGCUUAUUCAAAUCGAAGAUGAGAAACUCCAGAAUGGCGAAGACGGCAAAAACUUGCUCUCAGCGAUGUUGCAAAGUGACGACCCCGAAGCUCAAGCAAAGGGUGGAAGUGCUUACGAUACGGCCUCGGUUAGUAAAACUGGUGUCCGAAAGGACUUUGUGAUGGGCAACAGCGCCAUUUUCCUUCUUGCUGGCCAUGAAACAAGUGCGAGAUCUCUUGAAUAUGCCCUGUUUCUCUUUGCAAUGCAUCCAGAUGUCCAAGAGGAAAUUUUCGAAGAAAUCGACGAAAUUCUCGAAGGCGUCGGAAAUAUUUACGACUUGAAAUAUGAAGAAGUCUUCCCAAAAAUGGUAAAAACCAAUGGAGUAUUGUAUGAGGCCACACGUCUAUUCCCCGUCACACCAUAUAUCCCGAAGUCCACAGAAGAUGUCGUAGACAGUUGGUUCAUUUACAAAGACCAACGCGUCGACAUCCCACCUGAGAGUAUGGUCGCUUUGAACGCAAUUGGUGUCCAUUACAACGAACGAUAUUGGCCAGAGCCAUACAGAUUCAAGCCAUCCCGUUGGUAUCAAACUCAGAAACAGGAGGCCCUUGGAAUUUCCCCACAAGAUACCCUCCAACUCUCCGGAUCAAACACGGAUGCUGCCAGGCUCUAUCGGCGUGGGACAUAUCUUGGCUUCGGAGAGGGGCCAAGGAAUUGCCCAGGAAAACGUUUUGCCCAAGUUGAGAUCAUGGCGACAUUUCUCGCAUUAUUUCGAGAGCAUCGGAUGGAGUUGGUCCUGGAGCCUGGAGAAACCCACAGGGAUGCCUUCGAUCGUGCAUGGGCGGCUCUUCAGCGCAGCAGGAUGGUUAUUACGCUUAACUUGUUUGAACAGAUCAAGGUUAAACUUGUACCUAGGAAAUAG